GGACCGGAAGUUUCUAAAACCGUCAGUGGUCAACAGAGAAACGUCUGAACGGCUGUUGACUUUAUAUUUAAAAAGGAAACGACCAAGUAUGCCCAAAGUACUGUCUAAACUGGCUCAUGGUCUACAUUAGAACCGGCGGUACUUAGAUAAUAUAGUUUUCUCGCUUGCUGCGGCUGCUGGCUAAAGUUAGCUCAUGUAGCCGAAAAGUGACGUCCGUUGGAGGAGCGGAGCAUUGUGACUCGAAGGAAGGAGGAAGGAAGCAAGGAAGGAAGGAAACGAUCGGUGGGAUCUCUGCGCACCGCUGUUUAUGCAAAGCCAGCUAGAAAGGGUGACUCGAUCUGAAUACCUUGUGCGACAUUUUGCACUAUUUGCUUUAUUAGACAUGUUGUCAGUCAUCACAGCUAAGCGUUAGCAGCGCGGCUAGCUACAGGGGCGAGAGCUAGCCCGCUAGCAACAAACUUCGGAAGAAGUUGCGUUCCGAUUGUUCUGUCCUGUACAAACCCAGCACGCGUUGUGUUUGUUUAAUUAAUAAGCUCAUGGCGUCGGAUUUAAUAAAGACUGGAGCUAUUUUGAAGGGUACAAGUGAUACAAGUCGGAACAAUAGCAGCCUAGAUGUUGUCACACCCAGCAGGACUCGAGAUUUGGGAAACGGACAAAAAACAUCUAGUCCCUCGUCUUCCGGAGUGUCGAGAGAAGCGAGGGAUGAGCGGGAUUCAAACGAUUUGCGAGUUGGCACCGCUUCUUCUGUUAAAAAUGGCGAAGAGGGGUUUCAAGGAGGUCUGACCAAAGCGAGAGGUUCCCUUCAGGGAGGAAUGAGCUCUACCCCGGUUAGCCUUCAGCAGCUACACUCGCCACCUGGACCCGCAGGAAGUCUAGAGCGCCAAGAGUCAGUCGCCACCACCGAGGCACGUUUAAGAAUGGAAGGAGUUGAACUUAAGGAAGAGUGGCAAGACGAAGAUUUUCCAGGGCCUCUCUCAGAGGAAGAAGAGCUUGAAGAUCAGCUUUUUUCUGGAGCCUCUGAAGAAACGGACCCUGGCUAUGUGGCGAGCCAUGACAAGAAGACUAAGAAAAAACUUUUAGCUCCAGACAUCAGCCUGACACUGGACCGUAGUGAUGGUUCUGUUCUCUCUGAUGAGCUGGAGGAGAGCACAGAGCUGGACCUCGAUGCAAUGGACACGCCGUCUGACAACAGUAACGAGUUUGAAUGGGAAGAUGAUCUUCCGAAGCCAAAACCCACAGAACUACUACAGAAAGGUGUGGCGACAGUUCAAGAAUACUCGGCAACAGAGGAGAGAGAAGAGGAUCGACGAUGGAGGCUUUUCCGUGUUGGAGAUCAGGAUCACAGAGUGGAUAUGAAAGCUAUUGAACCCUACAAGAGGGUUAUCAGCCAUGGAGGUUACUAUGGAGAUGGUUUGAAUGCCAUAAUUGUAUUUGCUGUGUGCUUUAUGCCUGAGAGCAGUCAACCAAAUUACAGAUACAUAAUGGACAAUUUAUUCAAGUAUGUCAUUGGCACACUGGAACUACUGGUUGCUGAGAAUUAUAUGAUUGUUUAUUUAAACGGGGCAACUUCUCGGAAGAAGAUGCCAUCUGUCGGCUGGCUCAGGAAGUGCUAUCAGCAGAUCGAUAGGAGGUUACGGAAGAACUUAAAAUCGCUGAUAAUUGUACACCCUUCUUGGUUUAUUCGCACCCUAUUGGCACUGACGAAACCUUUCAUUAGCUCCAAGUUUAGUCAGAAAAUCAAGUAUGUGUACAGCUUGACCGUCCUCGCUGAGCUUGUUCCAAUGGAGUAUGUGUCUAUACCAGAUUGUAUCAAACAGUUUGAUGCUGAAAAAAAUAGGAAAAGCCAUGACAGAAUCGACCAGGAUAUGCACAGGAAAGUGGAGACCGUUGCUGCUGCUGUUCCAGAGUGACACGCUCACCCCUGCAAGAUGAGGAGAACGAUGUAGAGCGUUUCAAACACGUGCUGCCCAUGUGGUUCUGUUCUGGUCCACGCGACAGAAAACUUUGCUGCAU